GGCUGCGAUGGUAGCAGUGAGCGCGGGGCGGCGCGCGUGUCUCAGCCGCGCUCAGUACAUUGCGUGAGCCGCGUCGCGCCGGUCGCACACGACACACAGCCGCGCGCUCCCGCCACACGCGACGGAAAACUUCGCUCGCGACACAAGCCUCCGGCCCAUACACCACCACGAUCACUUCUGAUUUCAUACAGUGGAGACGCGCUCUCGGCUGACGUCCUGAGACGAGCCGGCGCCGCAGACGAAACCGCUUAAAAAGUCGUAAAACCCGCGGCACGCGCUCCCGAGUCGUAAAAUAAUCGUAAAAAGUAAACACACGUCAACUGGCCUUUAUCGCCGACGAAGCCCAUUAUGACGCUUUAGUGACGUUUAAGAGGCAAUAAAAUUAAUAAAAAUAAAUUACGUUGUCCGUAUUUGGUGUGACAUUGGCGGAGGUCGCGUUAUCACGGCGCGCGGGGCCGCGAUGACAUAAGUGUUCCCUGAGUGACGUUAGUGCCUGUGACUGGUCACGAUGAACUCUUACUUCGAGCAGGGUGGUUUUUACGGGGCCCAUGGAGUGCACCAGGGCGGCGGUGGUGGAGACCAGUACCGCGGCUUCCCUCUGGGCCUCACGUAUGCACAGCCACACGCUUUGCACCAGCCUCGUCCUCAGGAUUCACCGUACGACGCGUCUGUCGCGGCGGCCUGCAAGCUCUAUGCUGGAGAGCAGCAAUAUCCUAAAGCAGAUUGUUCAAAGCCAGGCGGUGAGCAGCAGAAUGGCUAUGGUGGGAAAGAAGCCUGGGGCUCAGGUCUGGGAGCACUAGUGAGGCCGGCAGCAUGCACUCCUGAAGCUCGAUACAGUGAGUCGUCAAGUCCUGGUAGAGCGCUUCCGUGGGGCAACCAGUGUGCACUUCCGGGAUCAGCAGCAUCAGCCGCGCAGCCAGUGCACCAGCAGCCUACUAACCACACUUUCUACCCUUGGAUGGCCAUAGCAGGAGCGAACGGCCUCAGGAGACGAGGAAGACAAACCUACACUAGAUAUCAAACGCUAGAAUUAGAGAAAGAGUUCCACACGAACCACUACCUUACGCGAAGGAGACGCAUAGAGAUGGCGCACGCGUUGUGCCUCACGGAGAGGCAAAUCAAAAUAUGGUUCCAGAACCGAAGGAUGAAGUUAAAGAAAGAGAUCCAGGCUAUAAAGGAGUUGAACGAGCAGGAGAAACAGGCGCAGGCGCAGAAGGCGGCAGCGGCUGCUGCGGCGGCCGCGGCUGCUGCCCAGGGACACCCCGAACAUUAAAACAUUUGAACCGUCGCGUUGUCGUCGUCGAGUGAUAGUACCGCGUCCGCCGAACACUCUUUAGCUUUGUGUUUUUGUAAAUUGUUUUGUAAUUCGUUUUUUUUUUCGUUAUUUAAGUGUUGUUCGGUUGUUGUGAUUAUUUUAAAUUAAUUUUAAUGUAAUGUUUUUGAUCGAUGAUUAAUUGAUACGAACAAUAAACUGUUGGAUGCUAGAAUAGAAACGGGUCGUAUUAUUUUUGAGUGUCGAUUAAUUUGUUUUUGUUGAUUUAUUUUAAAUAAUUUUAUUCGCGUGACCUUCGAAGAUGUUCGCGUUCGGAAACCAGUGCAAUUUGUAGAAAUCUCUUCCGUGUAAUAUAGUGCGUAGGUGUACCGUAGUAUUGAUAUGUGCGAUCGUAGGGCGCUUUCUCGGCAGCGCCGGCGACACGAACAGUUACAUUGUACAAAUAUUAUAUGCCUACCAAAGAGACCCGGUCUCGUACCCUUAAAGCUAAGUAAAUAAAGGAGUUGUAAAUUAAACAGUGAAAUAAAUAAUUUUCCGCGCCAUCCUAAAUCCUUCAAUACUCUCGCAUAAGUAUAGUGUAAAAGUAAUCGUGUUCCUGCAGUUUAAAUAGUCGGUGAAGUUAAACAAAUUGCCAUAAAUAUAAGUAGUUCUUAUUUAGUCGGUAGCGUUGUAAAUAGUUAGGGUAACGUUGAUAUUGAUGGAAGUGAGCGGUUCGCGAUGCGCCGGCGCCGUGGAAUGAGGAGAAAAAGCAACGAGCCAGUGCGGGGCGAGCACGAGACGAAUGAGGGGGUGGACAGGGGCAUGCGGAGGGGGGAACGCGCGGCAGCCCAUCGAACAAGACUAGGUCGCCGUCGCAAACGUUGUCGAUCCAUUGGUAGGCUUAGGGGGACGCCAAUUGCGCUUGGCACCUACAUUCGUGUUUAGAUCCAAUAGGACAGUGAAAUUUAACAAAUAGGUAAAUAAAUAAUGGCUAAAGAUUUUCAUUAGUUAAAAAAUACUAUAAAAUAGAAUUUCCGUUCUAUUUAUGUAGAAUUCGAGUUUUAAUUUUUUUUAAUUUUAGACCGUUACUCAGAAUAAUUAAGCGUACCCUGUUCGUGUUAGAUAUUCAAUCGCUUUUCUUAUCGUAUUGACGACAACCUCCGCAUGCCGCGACUCGGUGAAUGUCGCAAAAUCAAGAUAUCAAAAUCGAGUGUCGAAUAAAUUUUUAACCGGCCUACACGCUUAGGCAAUCGAGCACCGGUGAUUUAUCGUCAAAAUUUCCCGUUAGUAACGCUUACCGAGCACACUCCGCGUAUCACUAUUCCACAAAUAAAAGAACCAGUCGAGAUAUCAUCGUCGACCAUAAAUUAUAUGAAGCUCGGAUGAAAAAUACGCAGUUCGGUGUUCGCUUAUUUAUCGCUUAGCUUAACUUAUGCAUGAGUGUAUUAUGUUAAAACGUAAUAGAUAAAUACAUAAAUUGUAUGUUGGUUGUUACGAAAUAUAGUUUCAGUCGAUGAUUUAUGAAUAGUCAGUCAAUGCUCGCGUCGGAUAGGGUGUUAGCUGCAAAGCUGUGGCUAUCUGUCGUGUGAUCUGAUAUCGUGUUCAAUCUGGACGGUGGCUGCUAGGAAUAGUUCGGGUUCACGUCGCUCUGUGCCGUGAUAUAUUGUUCCGCAUCUCUCUGUAUAAAUCUUGAACGCCUGCUGAGGUACACGGAACACGGCCGCCGCACCGCAGCUCAGAGCUCCAAAUGGAAUUGUGUUUUUAUUUAUCGUGCGAAACGGAUUCUCAAUAUCACUCACUAGAAAUCUCACUUUAACCAUCGAAAUGAGUUGUUAAAUCGCGCUCUCUGCCAAAUUAUACUAACGAAACUAGUUGUAUAUCAAUUUAUUUGUCAAAACUAGAUUACGAGCGAUUGCUUUUAAAAGCACAUUGGAAUAAAACAGCUUCGUUAAGUAUAUUGUUAUAUUAUAAUUUGUAGCGGUUUAUGAAAAUCAAUUGUCUAAAUAUUUUUCAACGUCACAUCGUGUAGCAGUGUAACUAGCCAGAGGAAACCGUCUUUUAAAAGUUUUGUAAAUAUUACUAAGGUUAGUUUAAUUAAAAUAUUAUAAAAAUCUGAUGUACAACGUCUGUAUACGCAUUAAAGUCUUAAAUAAUUGUAAAAGUAAUAAUUUGUUGCGAUUAUCGUAGAUUCAAAGGAGGCAUGAAGGCAACUAUUAUUUAAUACUCGUAAAUACAUAAGUAUUCUAAUUGCUAAGACUAAUUAUAUACAAAAGUCUGUAUUGUGACUAAGUUCGUAUCAUUUCGAAAUUACUGAAGAAAUAUCAAUUUGAGUUCGUAAAUUAAGGGUGUACCUACUAAUAACGCGACACAAAUCUCUUACGCAGCUAUUGGUAGAUGUUCUUGCAAUUAUUUAUACGUUCAGCCCAUAUACUCGUAGUUACACGAUUUUGCUGUAUUUAAAUCCAAGGAGUGCUAACCAAAUUUUAUGAAUUCUUGUGGUCCUGAAUGACUUUCAAGAAUAAGGAAUUAAAUUUUCAAUUUUCGUCAUGUAAAUUAAAAAACAGUCAGUUAUAAAUAUGUGAAAGUAGAGAUUGAGCGGUGUUGGUAAAGAUUGCGUCUAGAUAGUAUUUUUCUUAUUAACAAAAUUUGUUUACUUUUAUCUAGACGGCCUAUUUACUUUUUUGGUGUUUUAAUGAAUCAUUAUAUGAAAAACACAUCGUUCAUUGAAACUGAAGACAUAAACUGUGGAAGAUCAUAGCAGAGUAUCAACUUUAAUAAGAUUAAUUCUCACGCAGAUAAGUUUAAGAACUGAAAUUUAAAUCAAUAAUUUAAUUUAUCUUAAUAUCUAAUUACACAUCAUUCUUUUGAUUCUUAGACGCGACAGCUAGAUGUGAAGUAAACGAUGUAGGGAUUGCUCUAAGUACGUGUCAAUGUGAAGCUGAAUAAGAGUUAGCUGUAAAAAAUAUUAUAUCAGUAGUAUAAAUAAUAUCUUAAUAAAUACGUAAUUAAAGCUGCCUAAAUAAAAAUGAAACAAUGUUCAUAUUCCCACACGUUUACAAUUAAAAACCUUUUUUUGUUUUAAGCGGAAACAAACAUUCAUAUUAAUAUUUCUUCAGCAACCAUCGGAGAUCGAUCCUCCUAUAUACGUAACAAAAAAAAGCUUUAGUGAAAGAAUAUUCCAUUUAUUAGUCGAUAGCAUAACUUAUUCUUAGAAAUAGAGAUUACCAAUAGUCACUUAAAAUGACAAGAAAUCAAAACUAGUUGUGCCCAGUAUACGAAUAGCUAAUUAAAUACUAUAACGUAAGUAAUCUAAUUUAUUUUAAGGAUACAUUAGCGGUAAUAUUUUUGGAUUCCUAUAAAACAUAUACGUAAUUUUUUUCUCUGUUUGUAAUUAGGAUCGUAAGCAAAAAUUUGGCAAAGAUUCUUUCGAUGGUUUUUUUAAGCCAUUAUUGAAGUGCCAAAUUACCAUUUUGUUAAACUCAUUAUCUCUUUAAUAUUAUAGUUCCUUAUAUUCAGUGUUAUUUUUGUAAUGAAAACAUAUGUAACAAGUAACAUACAGAUGCUAACAAAAUUAUAAGCGCUUAAAGUGUUUAGAAUAAAGAGACACUCUGUAUUGCGAGUGUUAGUGUACAAAUUUAAUGGCGUAAUUAUUGACGUAAAUAUUGACGUCAUUGUUCGACUUUGCAUGAUCUCUGUCUAGCAUCGAAUUAAAUCGCUUCUAAUUACAAGAUUUCUGAACAGAUUUUAAGUUAACGUUGAUCAUUUGCAUUCAUCAUACUUUUUAUGCAAGAUAAUAUUGAAAAACAGUCAAAAUACGGAUUUCUCAUACAUUCGAAAGAAUCUUCACCUAAAUUUUCUUCUGUUGUAUAAUGUAAAUAAUAUGAUUUAUAACGCUUCACAAAUAUUCGAAAUGCGUUAAUUUUUAAAUAAACGAAAUUCUUUACUUUCUUGUUUUCUUUUGGUUACAACCUCGUUGUUUGUCAUGAAAAAUAUAUUAUGAACAGUUGUAAUUAUAUUUUAUUAUAUUUAUUAUUUUUCGUAACGCCCUCACGUACUUUUACGUAAAGUUUUUUUUUUUAAUAACGAAGCAUUGAGAUACGUAAAUAGUUAGGCCCAAUUUAUUGUAAUGUAUUAUAAUUAACUAUAUAGAUAUAACGAAGAUAAAUACUUAAAACAUGGAAUUUUAGAGUAGAAUGUGAAUUAUAUAUAAUGUUUGUGUUUCAUGAUUGUAUUUGUGUGAAAAACGUGUAACUUCCUAUCAUUACAUUAUUAUGUGAAUUGAAAAUGAUACUAUUAAUUUUUGUACAAUAUCGGCUAUAGUGCGUGAUGGAACUGCAUUAAAUAAAAUUCUGUUACUUUA